AUGUAUCGACCAUCAAAUAAAACAAACCCACUUCUUCAUUUAUAUCCACCGCCACCUCAUCCGCCACCACCCAACGACUUUCCAUCUUCAUCGAGUCCUCAACAAUUUCUGCGAUUUCGUGAAUUUCACCAGAAACAUUUUGUCGAUAACAGUGAAUUCUUUCGGUCUGUAUUGAAUCCAAGACCACUCCACUCGCAAAGAGUUUAUGAAGGACUCAAUUGGAAUCAAAAUGAUAACGAUCGUAACCAACCUAGUGGAAGGGAUGGAUAUUAUGGAGAAGAUAAUGAAGGGUGGAUAGAGGAUGAAGGAGGAUAUGGCGAAGGAGUUAAUGACGAAUGGAACGAGGAAGAAGAGGAAAAGGUGGAACUUGUGUUGAGCGAUGAGAUGAUUGCUAUGUUCCGAUUUUCAGAGAUGAGGAGAUUGAAAAAAGAAGGCGCUUCCUCAGAAGGGGAAGAUAAACUCCCGUCCGAAAAAAACCGUCCGCCCACACCAUCAUACGCAACUUCUGAACCCGAUCCAUCAAUAUUGACAUCAAACUUGACCACUGCCGAAGCACUAGAACUCUACGGAAAAUCAUAUCCAACCAUUCAAACACUGGAAGCAACACUCAAUGAUUUCUUUCAGAGGAGCUGUCACAAGAAAGAAGAAGAAUCGGUAGUGUAUUGGCCGGUGUUACCUAUGAGAUUUAUUUAG